AUGUUUAGUUCACUUUUUAAGAAACGGUUGCGCACGGCCUUGGCGCUCCAUAUCGCUUUGUGGAUCCUAGUUGCUAUAAAAAUUCUCCCCGAAAUACUAUUCAGGUUUGGUUUGGUUUCUCGUACAUUCAUGAGGAAGCACCCCCUUCCUCUAAACGAAUUGUGGGAAUACGCCUGGUGCUUUGGAAGCACUAUUCCAGUGCUCUUUGGAUACUUAUCUGUCACAAAGAACAAGGUUUAUCUCAUUCGAUUUUCCUUGGUGGGGACAAUUGCUUUUGGUUUUGUUCCCAUAAUCAUGGGGUGCUUCCUGAGAGCCUAUGAACUCAUGGAUUACUAUUACACAAAAAAUUCAAGGCACGAUUUCUUCAACUUCCCAUUCACCGUGUCCGGACCACGCAAGUUUCCCUCAAUGCUGGUGAUGGUCACCAGCGAGAAGAGUCUUCCAUUUCAAUGGUAUGAUCGUAUCUUGAAUUACUUACUGGUCUCGGACACCACUUCUGCAAAUUUGGCUUCGCUCCUUCCCUUUACUGGCGGAGUGCUUCAGGUCAUCCCUGAAGUCACAAUUAGUCUUUGA